UAGAUAGAGUCAAGCGGGCGAUGUUCGCGGAUGGAGUUCCUAGUCGUAGAAGGAGGAACGACAGAAUCGUGAUCAAGCGGGAAAAGAAGAGCCAGCCAGAGAAAGAGAGAGAGAGACCGAGAACAAAGGGGGUGGGGGAAUAGGUUGAUUGCGAGAGAUAGAAUUUACCCGCUUGAUAACGACACGGUGGAUUCAUAUAGAUGAGGCGACCAUAGCGGUAUGUGUAAGAAGAUCUUUUACCAUCGUGGAUCUCUUUCUCUCUCUUUCUUACACGAUCGGUUUCUCGAGGGCGCAAAGUGGGGAUCCUCCAACGAGCAUAGAAUAUGGCAUGUUCUCUGUUGCGCUUAGGACCUUCGCCGCCUACUACCUAAUACUUGGACUUGAUCGGUGCCUGUCUCAAUUAGUAGUCCGAUUCAAGGUUUAACUUCUUCCAUCGCCAUCGUCGUUGAUUGAGCAUCCUCAGGAUAAAUUAACGAGCCGCACGCGCCACAGCUGCAGUCAACUCCCGGAUCUCACGGCGUAGGUGUUGCCCGGAUGCCUCCGAAACAUGGAGAACACGUGAUCGUGAUAGAGUGAACAGGGAUUAGUGCGAGAGAAAAAGAUUAGAUUUCAUGCGCGAGGAAGCAACCCGAAACGAAUUUGUGCGGCACGCGAGAAGCGAUGCCAAGGGUCGCGAGGACGACAAAGUCAUAUCGAAAUUACCGUGCAACUUGUGAUUGAGGUCAACUGAGUACCGAGACUCGGAGCCGCUGGGUGCUGCUAGGUGCUUUGCCAGUUGCGGGCGGUCACGACGACGACGACGACUAGGUCGAAGAUGAAGAACAACUCGAGUAACUCGAAUCACGAGAAGAACGGGCCGGAGAACCUGAAGCUGUUACGGGUACCGACAACGCCGUCCACUGCGCCGUCGUCGCCCACGACGCCGACCAGGGGCCUCGAGGACGUCUUCAGGGAGCUGCCCAUUACCGAUGAUACCUCGUGCGGUUUUUGGUGUUUCAAGGGCCCGAUCCUGCAGAAAUUCGCCAACAAGAAAGCGUAUGUAUUUCUCUACGGUGUCCUCGGCUGCAUAUUCUCCGCCAGUUAUGCCUACUUCAAUGGCACCAUCACCACUAUCGAAAAGAGAUUUAAAAUACCUUCCAAAACGACAGGUCUCAUCACAGUGGGUAACGACAUCUCGCAGCUUUUCGUAUCCGUCGUUCUGUCGUAUUACGCAGGAAGGGGUCACAGGCCUCGAUGGAUCGCUUUCGGUAUUUUCACCGUUGUACUUUUCUGUUGUCUAACGAUGCUGCCGCACUUUCUCUACGGACCUGGCGAGGACGCCCUGAUGCUGACCAAAGAAUACAGGACGAAACAAAGUUCAGAAAACUCGAGCGCGUAUUCCGGCAAACACCGGAAAUUUCUCUGUCUGGGAAAGGAGAAUCGCGAAAUGGAAUGCGAAGUCGAAGACGGGAACUUUGCGCCGCAGGUGCUCCUCUUCAUAGCCCAGCUGGUGUCCGGAGUGGGUGGCAGCCUUUAUUACACUCUCGGAGUGUCCUACAUGGACGAUAACAUACAGAAAUCGAAGACGCCGGCGCUGAUCAGUUUCUCGUACUUCCUGAGAAUGCUGGGGCCCGCCAUCGGUUAUGGGCUGGCCUCGUUCUCUCUAAAGUUCUACAUCAGUCCGACUUUAACUCCCACUAUCUCGAUGCAAGAUCCGAGGUGGCUAGGCGCCUGGUGGCUGGGAUGGAUCAUUUUGGCGAUCUUGCUCUUCCUUUUCGCGAGCAUAAUCGCUCUCUUUCCGAAGACCCUGCCGCGAGCGGCCGCUCGAAAGGUCCUCGCUCUGCAACGCAACAAAUCGGGCAGUAGCAUUAAGCACGAAGGCGAGCAAGAGUCGGAGAUACGACCGUCAAUCUCGGAUAUGAUGAGCACAUUUAAACGACUGUUGACGAACACGACGUUGAUGUGCAACAAUCUGGCGACAGUCUUCUACUUUAUGGGCUACAUGCCCUACUGGAUUUUUAUGCCCAAGUACAUCGAGACCCAGUACAAACAGUCGGCGUCCGUCUCGUCCUUGAUCACCGGUACAGUCGGCCUGGUGUUCAGUGCCUUCGGAAUUCUGUUAUCUGGCCUAAUUAUUUCCAAGUACAAGCCGAAGGCUCGAUAUCUGGCGGCGUGGAAUGUCAUGAUCGGCGUUAUAUCGAUAUUGGGGAUGAUCUCGUAUGCCUUCCUCGGUUGCUCGGCGAACGACAACCAGAUUGCCAUUCAACCGAACGGCGUCCUGAAAACGCAGCUACCCUGCAAUGAACAAUGCCAUUGCGACUACGUCACCUAUAAUCCCGUGUGCUCCGAAUAUGGACAAACGUUUAUAUCCGCGUGUCAUGCCGGCUGCCGCGAGGUCAAGCUUUACAGUAACGGCAGCAAGGUUUAUAAGGACUGCAGCUGCGUGAAACCGAAGUUGACACGCUCGCUAACGCAUCCGUUUGCCAAUGCCACCUUCCAAUUGCCCAUGUCCCUUUCCACUGAGCUUCCAUUGGAUACGACUAAACCUACCGUGGAAACUCUGGGAACGGCAAUUCCGGGUUCGUGUCCGGUCGACUGCAUGCAAAAGUUCUACAUCUUUUUGGCGGUGGUGUGUCUUUUGAAAUUCAGCGGCGCAACCGGAAGAGCGUCGAAUUUUCUAGUUUCCGUAAGAUGCGUCGACGAGAAGGACAAGACGGUUGCCAUGGGCUUCGGGUUGACAAUAAUGAGCCUCUUCGCCUUCAUUCCAUCGCCGAUUUUGUUUGGAUUUAUAUUAGACAAGACCUGUCUCGUAUGGGGUAAAACGUGUUCAGGGACGGGCAAUUGCUGGCUGUAUAAUGGCGAGGCGUUGAGGUACUUGUUAAACUUCACCGCAGCCAGUUUUGUGACGAUCGGCACGUUAUUCGACAUAGGUGUCUGGUAUUUCGUCAAAGGCGUGAAGAUCUUUGACGAGGAGAUCGAAUUGGAAGAUAUAGCCGAAGAGCCGGGUGAGACACUUUGAGAAACGGUUAUUGAUAAUCAAGUUCGCCCCUUUCGGGGUGUGCGUUCACGCGAAGGAAAGCUUCGAUCGGAGAUCUCCCAGAGAAUCGGAGAAUGCGAAGCAAGCGAGAACCGACAAAUAAAGACUCUACAAGUACCUUAAGCACCUCCUUAGAUAUUUAAAGCUCAUAGAUCUAGAUAGAACCGAUCAUUCAUGGUGUUCGCUAGAGAGAAGCGAUCACUGAUCUUUUUAACAAAUUCAAUAUCGCGGUUGAUUUUAUCGUAAACGUAAACGGGUGAAUCCACAAUUUGUAAGAUAUGAAUUUUUAAGAUUUUCUAGAUUUUCGGAUUCGUAUGUAUUUUUAAUGGCAAAUGAAUGACGAUUUUGGAUGCCAAUCGAUACAUUUGAUAUAUACAGCUUGCGCUGACAAUGAUAAAAAUAACGAUUCGAUAUUAGUUCAAUAUGAAUCAUUGAUAAAGAAAUAAUUGUACAUAUAACGGUUAUAUUCUGAACUAGUAAAUUAGUAAAAAACAAUUGUAAUUUAUCUGUACUCACCAUAAAAAGAUACGUAUCUAUCCGCUUCAGGUCACGUGUGUAUGUGCGUACAUGUAUGUGAUACCUCCGUGUGAAAUAUAAAUUUCUCGGAGCAUAAUUUCAUAAGGAAUCUAUGUGUAAAAUGUUACAAUAAAACAACA